AUGUCCUUCCUAUUUGGAGGUGAUAAAAUCAAAGGCACAUUAGUGCUUAUGCAAAAGAAUGUCUUGGACAUAAACAGCUUAACAGAUCCUGCAAAGCUUCUCGAUGGAGCCUUGGAUGGUUUUGGAUCCAUACUUGAUACUCUCACUUCCUUCUUGGGUGGAUCCGUUUGUCUUCAGUUAAUUAGUGCUACUAAACCUCUGUUAAGUGGAGAAGGAAAAGUGGGAAAAGAAGCUUAUUUAAAAGCAGCAAUUAACAAUUUACCAACCUUGGGAGACAAGCAAACUGCAUUCAGCAUUGAGUUUGAAUAUGAUAGCAACUUUGGAAUUCCUGGAGCAUUCAAAAUCAAAAACUACAUGUCAGCUGAGUUCUAUCUUGUGAGCUUAACUCUUGAUGAUAUUCCCAAUCUUGGAACCAUUCACUUUGUUUGCAACUCGUGGAUUUACAACGCCAAAAAAUACCAAACUGAUCGCAUUUUCUUCGCCAAUAACACUUAUGUCACAAGUGAAACACCGCCUCCAUUAGUCUUCUAUAGACAAUUAGAGUUGAAGACUUUACGAGGAAAUGGAACGGGAGAGCGUCAAGAAUGGGAUAGAAUUUAUGAUUACAAUGUUUACAAUGAUUUGGGUGAGCCUGAUAAGGGUCCAAGUUAUGCUCGUCCAAUUUUGGGACGAUCUAGUGAUCAUCCUUAUCCUCGUAGAGGAAGAACGGGGAGAAAACCUACUGCAACAGAUCCGAACAGUGAGAGUAGGGGGAAUAGUGUGUAUAUUCCAAGAGAUGAAGCGUUUGGUCACUUGAAAUCCUCAGACUUUCUUGUUUAUGGACUUAAGUCUGUUUCUCAAGAUGUAAUUCCAUUGCUACAAUCUGCAUUUGACAUAAAUUUCACACCAACUGAAUUUGAUAGCUUUGAUGAUGUGUUUGAUCUAUAUGAAGGAGGAAUUAAGCUACCUACCGAUAUAAUUAGCCAAAUUAGUCCUUUACCAGUGUUAUCAGAAAUCUUUCGAACCGAUGGUGAAGAGUUUCUCAAGUUUCCACCACCUAAAGUAAUUCAAGUGAGUAAGUCUGCGUGGAUGACUGAUGAAGAAUUUGGAAGAGAGAUUGUUGCUGGUGUAAAUCCCGGCCUAAUUCGGUCCCUCCAGGAUUUUCCUCCAAAAAGUAAGCUUGAUAGUGCAAUCUAUGGUGAUCAUACUAGCACCAUAACCAAAGAGCAGAUAGAGCUUAACUUGGAGGGUCUCAGUACUCUUGAUGAGGCUAUACAAAACAAGAAACUGUUCUUGCUAGAACACCAUGACACAAUAAUUCCAUAUCUAAGGCUAAUAAACUCAACUUCAACCAAAGCUUAUGCUUCAAGAACCAUUCUUUUCUUGAAAAAUGAUGGAACUUUAAAGCCUUUAGCCAUUGAGUUAAGCCUUCCACAUCCUCAAGGAGAUCAAUUUGGUGUUGUUAGCAGUGUCUACUUGCCUGCAAUUGAAGGUGUUGAAGCUACAAUUUGGCUACUUGCCAAAGCUUAUGUUAUAGUAAAUGACUCAUGCUUUCACCAACUUGUCAGCCACUGGUUGAAUACUCAUGCAGUUGUCGAACCUUUUGUGAUAGCGACGAAUAGGCAACUUAGUGUGCUUCAUCCUAUUUAUAAGCUAUUACAUCCGCAUUAUCGCGAUACAAUGAAUAUUAAUGCACUUGCUAGACAAUCCUUAGUCAAUGCAGAUGGUAUUAUUGAAAAGACAUUCUUGUGGGGAGGGUAUGCUAUGGAGAUAUCAUCAAAAGUUUAUAAGGAUUGGGUUUUUACAGAUCAAGCUCUACCCGCCGAUCUCAUCAAAAGAGGAAUAGCGGUUGAGGACUCAACUUCGCCCCAUGGUCUUCGUCUAGUGAUAGAGGAUUACCCGUAUGCUGUUGAUGGGCUCGAUAUUUGGGAUGCUAUUAAGACAUGGGUGCAAGACUAUGUCUCUAUAUACUUCACAUCUGAUGAGAAAAUUCAGCAAGACUCUGAACUCCAAGCUUGGUGGAAAGAAGUUGUUGAAGUAGGUCACGGUGACAAGAAAGGCGAGGUGUGGUGGCCUAAAUUGCAAACUCGCGAAGAGUUGAUUCAUGUCUGUAAUAUUAUCAUAUGGACUGCUUCAGCUCUUCACGCAGCUGUUAAUUUUGGACAAUAUCCGUAUGGAGGUUUCAUAUUAAACCGUCCAACUCUCAGUAGGCGAUUAAUGCCAGAGAAAGGUACUACUGAGUAUGAUGAGCUAGCGACUAACCCUCAGAAGGCAUACUUGAAAACAAUUACACCAAAGUUUCAAACUCUUAUCGAUCUAUCAGUCAUAGAAAUCUUGUCAAGGCAUGCUUCUGAUGAGUACUACCUUGGACAGAGAGACAGUGCUGAGUAUUGGACUUCUGAUACAAAUGCCUUAGCAGCUUUCAAGAAGUUUGGAACAACACUAGCUGAAAUAGAGGGACAACUCAUUCUGAGGAACAGCAAUGGGUCAUUGAGGAACCGAGUUGGGCCGGUUAGCAUGCCUUAUACUCUUCUCUAUCCUUCAAGUGAGGAAGGACUUACUUUUAGAGGAAUUCCCAACAGUAUCUCGAUCUAA